AUGCCUCCCGCGUCGGCCGCCCCAAAGCCAUGCGAGCGUUGCAAAAACCCAAACGCGCCAUACGACCUGCGAAAUGGGCCAGCAUGCCGCGACUGCUUCGUCGAGUACGUCGAAGACAAGGCAGGGCGGCGUCUGGGAGCCGUCGGCAGAGACACCAGGCCUCCAGGACGCCCCGGGCCGCGGCGAUAUCUCGCCGGCCUGUCAUUCGGACCAUCGUCCACCGUCAUGAUGCAGCUCCUAGACAGCUGUGCCAGGUUCUACCAGUCGAAAAAGUCGUCCCCCGCAUUUGAGCCCCUGGCCGUCCACGUCGACACGGACCUGUCUCGCGCCGCAGACCAGAAGGACGGUCCUGCGCAACGCCUGCUGUCCAAGUAUCGGGAGCGGUUCCCAAACAUUUCCUUCGAGUGCGUGCACCUGAGCAAGAUCUGCGCCGUCAAGACGCUGGACUGGUCGGCGCUGGGUCGCCCCGACGUGAACGGACCCGCGGCGGGAGACCACGUCGGCCGCCUGCGCGACUUCUUCGACUCACUGCCGUCGGUGACCUCCAGGGCGGAUAUCCUGCGGCUCUUCGUACGCCAUAUUCUGCUGGACACGGCGCUGGAGAGGUCCUACACGGCCCUGCUGUUGGGGCAUAGCACGUCGGCUCUUGCGGCGCUGACUUUUGCAGAGGUGGCAAACGGACGGGGCUUUGCUGUUCCCUGGCAGAUAAACGACGGUCCGUUUGCGGUCUGCACGCACGAUUCGCGGCCUGCUCCUGCCGGGAGGAAGGACGUGCGGCGGGUGCAAAUGCCGGUGUACUAUCCGCUGAGGGAGCUGUUCAAGAAUGAGAUCAAGCUGUAUCUCGAUCUUGUGCCUUCUCUGAAGGAGCUCAUGCCCGAGGACAACUCGACCGCGGGAAAUGUCGUUUCGCACAAAGACCUGAGCAUUACCGAAGUCAUGGAACGAUAUUUCGACGCCGUGGACGGUCCUCAGUCGGGUAUCGUGGCCAACGUCGUGCGGACCACGGGGAAACUGGACAGAGCUGCUAGCGGAAGCUUUUGUCUCAUGUGUGGCAUGACCUUGGACGAGCAGGGUGAUUCACGCUGGGCUGGUGAGCUCGGUGACGAUGUAGAUGCAUGUCAUGUCACUUCUCGCGCCGCGCGUCUGUGCUAUGGAUGCAAGAGGUCCAUCGACGGAUAA